AUGUCAUCUGAGAGACUUUCUGGCCGAUUUCGGUCUCACUGGUCCCAAGUUGACCAGUCCUCUGACAAUGCUUUGGCCAUUGCGUUGCUACGCACCACGAAAUGGCAGCUUGCUGUGGUGGUCCUAUCGCAUCUAUUCGUGGUGGCUCUUACAGUCGGGCAGCCGUUCCUGAUGCUACGCCUAGUCGGGGAAUUGAGCAACGAGGAAACCGAUGGCAAAAGCUACGAGGACUUAGCAAUGCUUAGUGCUAUGCUCUUCAUUGGGAUUUCGGCGACGAGAAACAUUUGCGAGCAUUGGGUCGAUCGCAUCGUGACGUCCACUCGGGGCAUGCUCAUUGCUGCUAUAUAUGAAAAAAUGCAUCACCUUGCAGAUGACGACCUCAAGCAUAUCGAUACGGCCAGCUUAAUCAGUCAGGACGUCGAGAGCAUCGAGCAGGUUAUCACACUAGCUUAUGAGGUCAUAUGGUGUAUCAGUCAUGCUUUAGCUGGCAUAUGGGCUUCUUACACAUUCAUCGGCUCGGCCGCAUUUUUCGUUUUAUUGCCUCCUUUAGCUAUAUACUUCAGUACUCUAGUAACUUUGCCGAUUCUCGACAAAGCUAAGGCUGAAUGGUGUGAAGCAGUGGAGCGACGAGGCUUACUGACCGCCAAUAUUCUUGCUCAGCUGAAAAGUAUCAAGGCUAUGGGGCUGUGCAGGUCCAUUUCAAGUCAUAUUAAGGAAGAGCGUGUAUUGGAGACAAAAGCUGCUUUACGCGAGCGUCAAGCCACUCUUUGGACUUUUGUGUACACGGCGAGUACAUGGGCCAUGUCCCCUGGAGCCGCUUUCGCGGGAACCUAUUUUUGGACAAGGGCGAGGAGCCCCAUGUCGACUGCGGAAGCUUUCGCUAUUUCUUGUGCACUUGAAAUUGCAUGCUACCCUCUGACUAUGAUGAACAUAUGGUCCUAUUCUCAAGCAAGUCAAUAUAAGAAUCCCAAGAAGCACUCUAGCGAUAAUAUGGGGCCCUAUCAGCUGUGCCAGGAGCUCUUUAUUCCAGAUUGCACUAUUCUUGAAACCAUUUUGGGCACCCUUGACCUCAUUGCUGGUCAUUAUAGAGCUGUCCUUAAUGCCUGCGCGCUGGAUGGAGAUCUCGCUAUACUACCAGAGAGUGAUCGAACUAGAACCGGGGCCAACGGGUGCAAUCUGAGCGUCGGACUGCGUCAGAAACUGAGUCUUGCCCGUGCCUUAUAUGCCCAGAACGAGAUGAUGAUCCUUGACGACAUAUUCAGUGGCCUAGACCCUGAUACGGCAGGUACGAUAUUCCAUCGAGCUUUUGGUCCUGGGGGCAUGGUUCGACAAUGGAACUGCACAGUCAUCAUGACAACCAAUCGCCUCGAGCUGUUAGACUAUGCAGAUCACGUGUAUCAGUUUACUAGGGACGGACGAGUCGAAAAGCAGGAGAGUUCGUCGAAUGGGUCUUCUUCGGCUGGUUUUACCGGCAGCAAUUAUGGCUCAGUUGCCACCUCUUCAGCCUGCGCCGAUGUAGAUGAAACGGAGACCACUGAUGACACGAACGACAGUGUUGCCACGGAAACCUUGGACACUGAGCCACCGCUCCCGCGGUUUGUGCAAGAAACUGAUAGAGCCUCGGCGAAGAAUGACGGUACAAUUGGGGAUAUUCCACUCUAUGCACAGGCCUUGGCCUCGGCUGGAUGGUCUCGAAUCGCCUGUUGGCUCUCCUUGUUGUUCAUAUCCUCAAUGGGCCAGUUCAUGCCAACAAUUUACGUCCAAACUUGGUUCGCAAGAUCACCCGGCAAUCCAGUUUUUGUCGCUGGGUAUGCCGGAUUUUGUGUUUUCUGUGUUUUUAUGAACGUCAUAAAUUCCGUAUUCUACUGUACAUUUGUGCUUCCUGAGCCCGUCACAGAGUUGCAUAAGAGGCUCUUGCAGACCAUCAUGAGUGCGAUGCCACAGUACCUUGACGGAGUUGAUGGCAGCCUUCUGCUACACAGGCUGGGCCCAGACUUCUCUUAUAAAACGCACAGACUAGGAGUCCUUGCAAAUCAAACUAUAUUUAAUCUGUCUGAUUUCUUGGUAGAGAUCGUCCUCAUUGCUUCAGGGUCACUUUCUCCUGUCCGAACGGCAGUUUCCAUGCUGGUCUCUUACGGUGCCAUAGAAGUCACCGAUAUCAUCGCGGGUGCUACAGCUGUCGUCCUUGUCAGGGCACUCCCUUCUAGCCGCGAGACUGUGUCGACUCUUGCUACGGGGCUUGCCUUACAUUACCUCCUCAACAAUAAUAUUUCGGCGUCCCGGCACAUCAAACUCGUCACAUCGUUUAUCUUAAGCCUGUCCUCGGUGCGUCAUAUUGACGACUUUAUGACGGGCACGCCCCAGGAGCAAGAUGUUGCUGCUGAGCAUGCACUUCCUGAAGUCUGGCCUAGUGCCGGUAAACUAGAGUUCAAUGCUCUGACUGCAUACUAUAAAAAUAGUGACGGAAUGACACACACAGCUCUAAACAACAUCACUCUAACCAUUCGAGCGGGGCAGAAAAUCGGGAUCGUAGGGAGUACUGGAAGCGGCAAAUCGACUUUCUUGUCAUCUAUACUUCGUAUAGUGGAGCAGACAGGAAGCAUCAGUAUCGACAGGCUUAAUACCCGGACCGUUCCGCUCGAGUUUCUUCGCUCUCAAAUUACGACUAUAACUCAAGACGGCCUUCGACUCGACACAAGUCUUCGAUUUAGCCUAUACCCAUAUAGCGGGUCGCAACCAUCCGACAAAGACAUCUUCAGCGCGUCCCAGAUGCAGCUCGUAUAUCUCGCGCGUGCGAUUCUGCACCAUUCCACGACAAACAGCAAGAUCGUGCUGAUUAAUGAGACGACUAGCGCUAUAGCUGCCGAGGCUGAGGAAGAGUUUCAGGGACUUAUUGAUGACUUUUUUAAUGAUUGCACCUUGCUUAUGGUUUCGCAGUCUACCCAUGUUUUAAAUAGCGCUGAUUUGCUCCUGCACUUUGAUGGUAGUAUACUAGACAGGAACGGUGAAGAUGUCGCAGGAGCCGUCGGCCCCUUCAUUCAGCGACCGGGUCGCCAUAACUCAGCCGCUCCAACCCUGGCCAACUGA